AUGAAAAGAAAAACACAGCCUGACAUAUCAGAGUCCAGGGGACACUGGGCAGCAAGUCACUCCUCUCAGGCCGAGUUAACAUCGGUGACAGAGAAAACCCCCACCUUCGUGCUCUCUGAGCUGUUUCGGGGAGCAGCUGUUCAGCCACAGCCCAACUGGACCGAGAUCGUGAACAAGAAGCUCAAGUUCCCUCCGCCACUCCUGGGUGCCAUCCAGGAAGGGCGACUGGGUCUUGUGCAGCAGCUGCUGGAGUCGGGGGUGGAGGCCACCAGCGGCGGGCCUGGAGGGCCCCUGCGGAACGUGGAGGAGGCCGAGGACCGCUCCUGGAGGGAAGCCCUCAACCUGGCCAUCCGCCUGGGCCACGAGGCCAUCACUGACGUGCUGCUGGCCAAUGUCAAGUUUGACUUCCGGCAGGUCCAUGAAGCCCUGCUAGUGGCAGUUGACACAAACCAGCCGGCCGUAGUGCGGCGCCUGCUGGCCCGGCUGGAGCGGGAGAAAGGCCGCAAGGUAGACACCCGCUCUUUCUCCCUGGCUUUCUUUGACUCGUCCAUUGAUGGCUCCCGCUUUGCGCCCGGGGUCACUCCCCUCACCCUGGCCUGCCAGAAGGACCUGUAUGAGAUCGCGCAGCUGCUCAUGGAACAGGGCCACACCAUUGCCCGGCCGCACCCCGUCUCCUGCGCCUGCCUGGAGUGCAGCAAUGCCCGCCGCUAUGACCUGCUGAAGUUCUCCCUGUCGCGCAUCAACACCUACCGGGGCAUCGCCAGCAGGGCCCACCUCUCGCUGGCCAGUGAGGACGCCAUGCUGGCUGCCUUCCAGCUGAGCCGCGAGCUCAGGCGCCUGGCACGCAAGGAGCCCGAGUUUAAGCCUGAGUACAUCGCGCUGGAGUCGCUGAGCCAGGACUAUGGCUUUGAGCUGCUGGGCAUGUGCCGGAACCAGAGUGAAGUCACCGCGGUGCUCAACGACCUGGGCGAGGACAGCGAGACGGAGCCUGAGGCCGAGGGCCUGGGCCAGGCCUUUGAGGAGGGCAUCCCCAACCUGGCGAGGCUGCGCCUGGCCGUGAACUACAACCAGAAACGGUUCGUAGCUCACCCCAUCUGCCAGCAAGUCCUGUCCUCGAUCUGGUGUGGGAACCUGGCCGGCUGGCGUGGAAGCACCACCAUCUGGAAGCUCUUCAUUGCCUUCCUCAUCUUCCUCACCAUGCCCUUCCUCUGCCUCGGCUACUGGCUGGCGCCCAAGUCCCGGCUGGGCCACCUGCUCAAGAUCCCAGUGCUGAAGUUCCUGCUGCACUCCGCCUCCUACCUGUGGUUCCUCAUCUUCCUGCUCGGAGAGUCCCUGGUCAUGGAGACGCAGCUGAGCACCUUCCGGGGCCGCAGCCAGAGCGUCUGGGAGACUUCACUGCACAUGGUUUGGGUCACAGGCUUCCUGUGGUUCGAGUGUAAGGAGGUGUGGAUCGAGGGCCUGCGCAGUUACCUCCUGGACUGGUGGAACUUCCUGGAUGUGGUCAUCCUGUCCCUGUACCUGGCGGCCUUCGCCCUGCGCCUCCUGCUGGCUGGCCUCGCCUACAUGCACUGCCAGGACUCUGCGGAUGGGGCUGCCUGCCGCUAUUUCACCACAGCCGAGCGGAGUGAGUGGCGCACAGAGGACCCCCAGUUCUUGGCUGAGGUGCUCUUCGCUGUCACCAGCAUGCUCAGCUUCACCCGCCUGGCCUACAUUCUGCCAGCCCACGAGUCGCUGGGCACUCUGCAGAUCUCCAUCGGCAAGAUGAUCGACGACAUGAUCCGGUUCAUGUUCAUCCUCAUGAUCAUCCUGACCGCCUUCCUCUGUGGCCUCAACAACAUCUAUGUGCCCUACCAGGAGACAGAGCGGCUGGGCAAUUUCAACGAAACAUUCCAGUUUCUCUUCUGGACCAUGUUUGGCAUGGAAGAGCACAGUGUGGUGGACAUGCCUCAGUUUCUGGUGCCGGAAUUCGUGGGCCGUGCCCUUUACGGCAUCUUUACCAUCGUCAUGGUGAUUGUGCUGCUCAACAUGCUCAUUGCCAUGAUCACCAAUUCCUUCCAAAAGAUUGAGGACGAUGCUGAUGUGGAGUGGAAAUUUGCUCGCUCCAAGCUCUACCUAUCCUACUUCCGAGAGGGCCUGACGCUACCCGUGCCCUUCAACAUCCUGCCCUCCCCCAAGGCCAUCUUCUACCUUCUCAGGAGAAUUUUCCAGUUCAUUUGCUGUUGCCGCUCCUGCUGCAAAACCAAGAAGCCCGACUAUCCCCCAAUCCCCUCCUUUGCCAAUCCUGGGGCAGGGCCAGGGCCAGGGCCAGAAGGACAGCGUGUCUCCUACCGCUUGCGCGUCAUCAAAGCUCUGGUCCAGCGCUACAUUGAGACUGCCCGCCGUGAGUUCGAGGAGACCCGCCGGAAAGACCUAGGCAACAGACUGACAGAGCUAACCAAGACCGUGUCACGGCUUCAAAGUGAGGUGGCCGGCGUGCGGCGGGCCUUGGCGGACGGAGGUACACCCCGGCCUCCUGACGGUGCCAGCAUCCUCAGCCGUUACAUCACAAGGGUACGCAACAGCUUCCAGAACCUGGGCCCCCCCAUCCCUGAGACCCCAGAGCUGAUGGUGCCAGGGAUGGUGGGGACCCAGCAGCUAUCUUCAGAAAUGGGGUUUCAGGAUGCCAGCAGCACCAGCGCUCCAGCUGCCGGAGAGCCCGGCCCCUCCUCCCCAGCUCACGUGCUGGUGCACAGGGAGCAGGACGCUGAGGGGCCGGGGGCCCUGCCCCAGGAGGAGGAUUUGGGGGCUAAGGAGGGGCCCGGAUGCAGCUCUGCUGGAACAGAGGGAGGUCACUUAGUAGGCACCUAA